UGUGUCAAUUUGACAGCUAGGAAAAUCGAAAAUGGCAGAAGCCAGUGGAGAGUUUUCAAGUUGGUUGAAGGAAAAAUUAAAACAACUUCAGACAGAUGAAACUGUGUUCGGCUCUUACAUUCAAGGAAUACUUGAAGGUGAUGACACUCAGGAAGAAAAAAACGAAGCUCUCGAAGGGCUACUUGCGGAGAUAGUAGAAAACGAAAACGAAAUUACAAAAAAUUGCAAUGAAAUACUUGAACAGUGGCAGUUACAUAAACCGAAAAUCACUGAAACUCAAAUGUCUAGUGAAGAUGUUAACACCAAACUUGCUAAGUUAUUGGAAUCUCAAUCAUUUACUACUACCAAACAGAAGGAGUAUACUCAGGAAGAGAGGGAACUUCGAAAUGCUAUUCUCUCCCAAUAUAGUGCAAUGACUGAUGAUGAGGGUGAAGGUGAUGAAGGAAAUAGUAGCAAUGAUGAAAAUGGGUUGGAAAAAAACAUUAAUGCUCAAACUAUUGCCCAAGCCGAAAAGCUCAAGAGAGAACAAGCUCGAAUUGAUAGUCAGAAAAAAAAGGAAAGAGAUAGAGAAGACAGAGAGAAACAGAAGCAACUCAAAGAAGAAAAAAAGGAAAAACGCAAGACUGUUAAAGGUGAACGUAAGAGGUAGCAUAUCUGAGACAACGAAUUAGCAAUUAUGUGGUCUAAACAAUACAUGUUUUUUUUAAUGUGUUGAUGAUGUGAUUUAAUUUUAUUUGGCCUGUAAAAGAGAGUGUAUUAAACUGAAGAAUAAGGAGUGUUGAUCUGACUUGAUAAA